AUGGGUUCGAGAUACGCAUCUCACCAGCUCAGCAAUGGGCUCUUUGUGUCUGGUAGACCGGAGCAACCAAAAGAAAAGCCUCCAACAAUGAGCUCUGUAGCCAUGCCGUACACAGGUGGUGAUAUCAAGAAGUCAGGAGAAUUAGGGAAGAUGUUUGACAUUCCCACAGAUGGGACCAAGUCAAGGAAGUCUGGCCCAAUAACUGGUGGUUCUUCAAGAAGUGGCUCACAAUCAGGUCCAGGCGUGCCUAACGCCACUGGUCGUAUGUCUGGCUCUUUAGCUUCUGCUGGAUCGAAUUCAAUGAAGAAAACCAACUCUGGACCUUUGUCUAAGCACGGAGAGCCUCUAAAGAAAUCCUCUGGUCCACAAUCCGGUGGUGUAACACGGCAAAACUCUGGCCCUAUUCCUAUACUUCCAACAACAGGUCUCAUAACAUCUGGGCCAAUUACUUCGGGGCCUCUGAAUUCAUCUGGAGCUCCGAGGAAGAUUUCUGGUCCUCUAGACUAUUCUGGUUCGAUGAAGACACAUAUGCCUACUGUUGUUCACAACCAGGCGGUGACUACGCUUGGCUCAGAAGAUGACUUUUCCUGCAUGAAGAGCUUCCCCAAGCCUGUGCUCUGGCUGGUUAUACUUAUCUUUGUAAUGGGGUUCCUCGCUGGAGGCUUCAUUCUUGGAGCAGUUCACAAUGCGAUUCUCCUCAUUGUUGUGGCGGUCUUGUUCACAGUUGUUGCUGCACUUUUCAUUUGGAAUAUCUCUUGCGAAAGACGUGGUAUCGCAGACUUCAUCGCUCGUUAUCCUGAUGCUGAUCUUAGAACUGCCAAAAACGGUCAAUACGUUAAGGUCACUGGGGUGGUAACAUGUGGUAACGUGCCGCUUGAGUCAUCCUUCCAUAGAGUUCCGAGAUGUGUAUACACGUCUACUUGUCUAUAUGAGUACCGUGGAUGGGGUUCAAAGCCAGCCAAUGCUUCACAUCGCCACUUCACAUGGGGACUGAAAUCUGCAGAGAGGCAUGUGGUAGACUUCUACAUUUCUGAUUUCCAAUCUGGGCUCAGAGCAUUGGUCAAAACCGGAAACGGUGCAAAGGUAACGCCUGUGGUCGAUGAUUCUGUUGUCAUCGAUUUUAAGCCAGGAAGCGAGCAAACGUCUCCAGAUUUCGUAAGGUGGUUGGGUCAGAAGAAUCUAUCCAAUGACGAACAAGUGAUGCGGCUUAAAGAAGGGUAUAUCAAAGAAGGAAGCACAGUGAGUGUGAUAGGAGUGGUGCAGAGAAACGAAAACGUGCUAAUGAUAGUCCCAAUGACAGAGCCAUUAGCUGCUGGUUGGCAGUGGAGUAAGUGCACGUUCCCUGCGAGUCUUGAAGGAAUUGUAUUGAGAUGUGAAGAUUCAUCGAACGUAGACGCAAUUCCCGUCUAG